GGGUGAACUGAAAUCUGUCGAGUCGUGCAGAUGGAAGUUAUGUGCACGGGUAUAUUUGCUGUCACUGUGUCCCGUGAGAGAUGUAUCGCCAACAUUCUCUGUUCACUUAUUAACGGUCUCCAGAUUUCGGGAAUGCAGAUGUUGCUCUUUUGUGUGCUUCGUUUCCGCACUGUCAUUAUUUCCGUUUCCACUCCGUGGAAAGUUAUGCCGAUUUGCGAAUAGUAGCUGUUUCACAGCGGAGAGUAGGAGCAUCGCAGUGAACUUCAUUCGGGAACGGAAGAGUUUCUUCGGCGGGAUCAUGGGGGACAUCGAGGCUCCGGAGAAUAACCAAUCACGACAGACCAUAAUCCAUUCUCUUCUCCCGAGUAAAGAAUUCAUCACCUCCCGAAAAGGACUGCUGCUGCUCGGUGAAGUGGUGAUGUCGUUUAUCAGUUUUGUGUGCUUUGCUGCUUCGACAGCAGCUGCCUUCGUCACAGCUCCCCUGAUAGAGUGCUUGGCCGCCCUCUUCUUGCUGUUUGCUUAUUCUAAAAAGUUCAAUGAGAGAUUUAAGGGCUUUCACUGGCCCCUCAUGGACUUCCUGCGCUGUGUCAGUGCUUCCAUCAUCUUUUUCAUCAUCUCUAUAAUAUCUGUGUCAAAAUAUGUGGAUGGAGCCUCAAAGGCCGCUGGGGUCUUUGGCUUCAUUACUACAGUAUUCUUUGCCCUGGACUUUUAUUUCAUUUUUAAUGAACUGGCCAACUUCCUCAAGGGAGGUGAUUCCAGUGAAGAGCCACCAAACACACAAGAUGAUGACUAUGACUCUGACUUUGACUCUGACUAAAGCUGUGAUGUGUGACCACUACAGUGCCUGAUGGCCAAAACAGACUUUGGUAUAACCUUAUAUUGUUUGUUUGAAAUUUUGGGUAUGCUUUUUGUCAGUGGAAUUAAGCAGUCUAUUUCAAAUGUAACAUCACAGAAUAGAAGCUAUAGAGUUUUCAAUAAUCUUUGUAUUUACACGCGUCCAUGCAAUCUCCAAAAUUUCCCCUAAGCUGUGAAUUAUUCCAGUGACAGCCUCACAUCAGUCAAGCUUCAUGUUUAUACUGCUUCUUUCAGCUUAGGUCUACUUUUAAUAUGAUUGUGUGUGUGGUCACUUUCAGGUCAGAUUCUACAGUAUGUACGAGUUUUUUAUUUAUUUAUGUUUCUGUACUUUGGGACCUGUGUGUGUAUGUUUACUAAUUAGAACUAUUCUGAGAUAAUAUUUCCUGAUAAUUAGUUAUUUUAAAUUCUCCUUUAAAAAUGAUGCAUUAUUGGUGAUGAAGCCCUGUAUUGGGAAUAAUAAUAUGUCUUAAUGUUUAAUGUUUUGUAGCAAUAAAAUAAGUUUACAUCAUGUAUGAAAUUAGCAGGUGGUUGGCUGGCCACAGUCACCUGUCUUAUUUCCACAGGUCUACACAUUGGUCCAAGUCUUUUAAUGCUGAAGUAAAACCAAUGUCUUGCCAAAGUACUGCAAAAAAAAAAAAAAAAAAAAAAAAAAAAA